CAGAUUUCAGAGCACAUGAUUGUCAUGAAAUGCCUCUACCUUUGUUUUUGUCUUUUUGCAUUCUUUCCUAUACACACACAAACCGACAAUUAUCUUCACUUCACUUCACCUUAAGCCUCUCUCUCUCUCUCUCUCUCUCUCUCUGUGUAUAUACAAAUUUAUCUAUGUAUAUGAGUCGGGUUGCUGCAUUGUUGCUGCAAAUGAAAAUGGAGUUUUUAAGGAGUAUGGCGGUUGGGAUAGUGGUGUGGGCGUUGGUUGUGAGGGUGGGAGGAGUGGAGGUUAGGGGUUCGCCGCCGUGUGAUUUUCCGGCGAUUUACAACUUCGGCGACUCCAAUUCUGACACCGGCGGUAUUUCAGCUGCAUUUGACCCUAUUCCCCCACCGUACGGCCUCAAUUACUUUCGAAAGCCCGUCGGCCGAGAUUGCGAUGGACGCCUUAUCAUUGACUUCAUAGCUGAGGAGUUGAAACUACCAUAUUUGAGUGCAUACCUGAAUUCAAUAGGAACCAAUUACAGGCAUGGUGCCAAUUUUGCUACAGGUGGUUCAACUAUUAGGCGUCCGAAUGAGACUAUAUUUGAGUAUGGUAUAAGCCCCUUCGCGCUUGAUAUGCAGAUUGUGCAGUAUGAUCAGUUCAAAUCCCGAACCCAUGAUCUCUACAGCAAAGAUCCCAAACUCCCCAAACCUGAGGACUUCUCCAAGGCUCUCUACACGUUUGAUAUUGGGCAGAAUGAUCUUUCUGUUGGUUUUCGAAAGCUGAGUAAUGAACAACUUCGAGCUGCAAUGACAGAUAUAGUCAACCAGUUAGCCUCGGCAGUCCAACAUCUGUAUGAAAAAGGGGCGAGGACAUUCUGGAUACAUAACACAGGCCCUAUCGGGUGCUUGCCAGUAGGCACAUUCUAUAUCCAAAAUCCACAACCUGGUUUUCUAGACCAGUAUGGCUGUAUCAAGGGCCAGAAUGACAUGGCCGUGGAAUUCAACAAACAGCUCAAGGACAGAGUCAACAAACUGAGGACAGAGCUCCCACAUGCCGCCUUGACAUAUGUUGAUGUUUAUGCCGCAAAGUAUGGUUUAAUUAGCAACACCAAGAGCCAAGGAUUCACUGACCCAAUUAAGGUCUGUUGUGGGCAUCACGAGAAUUAUGUCCACGUAUGGUGUGGGCAGAAGGCGAGCAUAAAUGGUACUGAAAUCUAUGGUGCUUCAUGUACAACUCCUUCCACAUACAUAAGCUGGGAUGGAGUGCACUAUUCAGAGGCUGCAAAUCAUUGGGUUGCCAAUCAUAUACUCAAUGGCUCAUUGUCUGAACCACCUGUUCCCAUUACCCAUGCCUGUUAUAAGCAGCCAGGCCUGUAAUGCUAGCGGUAUAUGGGAGUAAUAGAAUCUCACUAGGGAAAACUUAGUAUCAGAUGUUUUGAACCUGUGGAAGCACUGUUUCUACGAUUAUUUGAGAUAAUUAUAUAAUGAUCUCUCUUUUGGUUCUUGUUGUAUGAUCAUUGCUACCUACUUAAUAGAGCAAAAUGCCAAAAAACUCGUUGAACAUGAAUUAUUCUGUUUUCAA